AUGAGAAAAGAGAACUUCAUCCGACAAAUCGAAAACUCCGUUGAGUUCAAAUUACUCGACAAAGUAGUCAAGGAAGAAGUUACAGUACAAGAUGCAGUCCAAGAAAUCAUCAACAUGACCAUGAGUGCAUUGUCCAUUCAUGGUCCUAAUAAACAAGGCGGGGUCGGUCUCCCAGACUACAACGUCUCUCUUGCGGUAAUGGAGCUCACUCAAUGCCUGGAACCAUCCAAACACACCAAGCUUGUGGAAUUUAUAUUACAUCUCCAGAAAGAAGUUGCCGUUAAUCCAUCUACGAACGAGCCCCUGAGAGUGCAGGGCGAUACCCUCUGGACAGACAUGCCUUCAUUCGGCUAUACAGAGCUUGAGACGUGGUAUGAGUUUGGUGGCGAUUAUAAUGACCCAUGUGAUGCAACGCUAGAUUCUAAGCAACGAGGUCGCUGGGUGAAUCUCAACGCUUUCCUCGCACAGCUUACCCAAGCUGCAGACAUUCACUAUUCACCCGCUGAUAGAGAAGUGCGAUUCUCCCCUCUGGACAAAUCACUACGGGGUAUCUGGAUCAUGGCGAUGGCACUUGAGAAUGAGUGCCUUCCUGCAUCGAUGGGAGAUACGGCGGCAAUGGAGGCCGCUUGCCAGUGGUUCAUAUACGCUGCCGAACGGCUGUGGGCCAAUGUGCUCAAUAGUCGUACUUACCCUAAGGUGUCUGGCGCUGGGUCAGGGAAGAGGUAUAAAGAGGAGGGCUGGACGGGCUAUACGCGGGAGAGAUGGAGAAUUUGGGAGAAUGCGCUGGAGGAGGCUAGGUCUAAGUGCCAAGAUGAGCGGAUGUGGAAGCUGAUUAAUGAUGCUUUGAUCAGUCUGAGAAGAGGAAUGGUAAAUCAAUAG